CCACGGUUUACAGUGUCAGUAGAUUUCGUUUGAUUCCCGACAUUAGAAUGUUAAAUCGACAAGUUAUCACCUUAAUAGGUGUUGUUGUGUUGAUAAAUUUACUGCAAGUAAAAGGUAACGGACCACAACACCCAAACGAUGCUAGUUCCAGUUCUGCUAAUAGUAACAGUAGCAGCCAUCGAUGGUUUGACGUCGCUGGUGUUUUCCGAAAUGUUUUUAAAUUGCCAGUUUCAGUGAUAGAGGCCGAGGCAAUAAAAGAGCGUGGAGGAUUAGUAUGGAAACGUCCUACCAAUAUUGCGCAAUUUCCUCAUACGUGGCAUACAUUCAAAGCAAAGAACGCAUCUGGUGAAGAAGUUGAAUUCGUGAUUAAAGAUAUACCCAGAAGUAGAUUCAACCAAGUUGUAGACUUGAUGGCUCUGUACACACUCAAAACGGAUCCAAUAUACAAUGCACUCGACAUAUGGACAAAUGCGGACGCUGUGAAUAUUUUUAAAAAUGAGUGGACAUUGAUACUCAAGCAAAAAAUGUCGGUGGCUUGCUUCACGAACGAUGGAUCUGACACAAUUGUCGGUAUAAGCAUAUUGAAUGUAUUGCGAAAAGAUGAUGUCAUGUUCAAAUUGAUUCCAGAUUAUCCAAAUUACAGAAUCAAUAGAUUGGAACAAUUAUAUCGUAGAAUCAAAUUUGAUACAUUUGAACAUUAUAAAGUUGAUGAAUUUUUAGGUAGCGCUGGUAUUGGAAUUCAUCCAACGUAUGAACACUUUGGCAUUGAUUUAGAACUUCUUAGGAGCAGAGAAGGGAUUUGUCGAACAUUUGGAUUAGCUGUAACGUCAACGCUGUUCACAUCACCAGCAUCCAAUACUGCCGCCAAUCAACUUCAGUUUAAUAUUGACAAAACUUUAAGCUAUAAUGAUAUACGCAAAGUAAUUCCUGAGUUCACGUCCAUUACCAAUCCGAGAAUAACGCUGAGAUCAAAAGAAUUCAAAUGAUGAAAGCGAAAGACGACAUGUCGUCAACCAUGAAAAAUAUUUUUGUAUUGUAAUGAGUAUUUUAUUUGAAAUGCGAAUAAACACAGAAUGAAUUAAUACAAUUUUGAAUGAAA